GCCCCGCGGCCGCGCGAGUGCUGCGCGUGGCGGCAGCAUGGGCCGGGCCGGCGGGAGCGGCGGGGCGGCGGCGAUGGACGCGGUGCGCAGCUUCGAGCGCUGGAAGAAGAAAUACACCCGGCGGACGAAGAGGCUGCGGCUGCAGCGCAAGGAAAGGAAGCGGCCCGAGUGGCAGGUAGAGCGGGAGAACAUCGCCCGCCUGGUGCAGCGCUACCCCGAGAUAAAUGCAAGUGAAAUCCAAAGAUUUUCAGAUUUUCCGUUGUCAAAAAAAACCCUAAAAGGACUGCAGGAAGCUCAGUAUCGUGUGGUAACAGAGAUACAGAGGCAAACCAUAGGUUUGGCUUUACAAGGUAAAGAUGUACUCGGAGCUGCAAAGACUGGAUCAGGCAAAACCUUGGCUUUUAUUGUUCCAGCUUUGGAACUCCUAUAUCGCCAACAGUGGACUUCCGCUGAUGGACUGGGAGUUCUGAUAAUAUCGCCGACCCGGGAACUGGCAUAUCAAACCUUCAAGGUUCUGCGUAAAGUGGGAAAGAAUCAUGAGUUCUCAGCUGGUCUUGUCAUUGGAGGAAAGGAUCUGAAAGAAGAGUCUGAAAGAAUACACCACAUAAAUAUGCUAAUUUGCACUCCAGGACGGCUUCUACAACACAUGGAUGAAACUUCAUAUUUCUAUGCAUCUGAUCUGCAAAUGUUGAUUCUUGAUGAAGCUGAUAGAAUUCUAGACAUGGGGUUUGCUGAUACAAUGAAUGCAAUCAUAGAAAAUCUACCUAAGAAACGCCAGACCUUGCUUUUUUCUGCAACACAAACAAAAUCAGUGAAGGAUCUUGCACGUCUGAGUCUGAAAGAUCCAGAAUAUGUUUGGGUUCAUGAGAAGGCCAAAUUCAGUACCCCAGCAACUUUGGAUCAGAAUUAUGUUGUCUGUGAGCUUCAGCAAAAAGUAAACAUGUUAUACUCUUUCCUGAGAACUCAUUUGAAAAAGAAGAGCAUUGUGUUUUUUGCAAGCUGUAAAGAGGUCCAAUAUCUGUUCAGAGUUUUCUGUAAGCUUCAGCCUGGUCUUCCUGUACUGGCACUCCAUGGCAAGCAGCAGCAGAUGAAGAGAAUGGAAAUCUACACUUGCUUUGUUCGGAAAAAGGCAGCGGUACUUUUCGCUACAGAUAUUGCAGCUCGUGGUCUGGAUUUUCCAGCAGUGAACUGGGUCAUCCAGUUUGAUUGUCCAGAAGAUGCAAACACAUACAUCCACAGAGUGGGAAGAACAGCCAGAUACAAAGAAGGUGGUGAAGCUUUGUUAGUAUUGCUGCCCUCAGAAGAAAAAGGCAUGGUGGAACAGCUGGCACAGAGGAAAGUACCUAUCAGUGAAAUCAAAAUUAAUCCUGAAAAACUUACAGACAUCCAAAAGAGGAUGCAAGCUUUCUUAGCUCAAGAUCAGGAGUUAAAAGACAAAGCUCAAAGGUGUUUUGUGUCCUACUUGCGUUCAGUUUAUUUAAUGAAGAACAAGGAAGUAUUCGAUGUUUUCAAAUUGCCUCUAGCAGAAUAUGCCCUGUCACUUGGUCUUGCAAUGGCACCUCGUGUGAGGUUUCUUCAAAGAGUUCGGAAACAGCUAUGUGCAAAUGAGGCAGCCAAUGUGACAGAUUACUCAGAUGAGACAGAGCAAAAUGAAAAUACCCUCUCCUCAAGAAAUGAGGAAGGAGUGGAGAAACGUGGAACUAAUUUCAAUGGAAAAACAUCUGUUAACAAAACAAAGGAAAAUGAGAGAAGGAAAGAAAUAGAGGAAUGUUCUUCCAGUGAAGGUGCUGAGGAGAGUGGUGAGUCUGAGGAUGAAUUGAAAGAACUAUCUGAGGAGGAAGAGGCAGAAAAAGAAGGACCUGUACCAAGCGGGGUACCAAACUCAGGCUCCGUGCAGUUCUUUGAAGAUGAUGAUGAUGACGAUGAUGAUGAUACUAAAGGUCUUGAUUUGCUGACAGUGAAACAACGGGAUGUUUUUGGUGUGGAAAAUAAAGAUAAUCCAGCACCGGUAAGUGCACUUUACAGUAAGGCUCAUGGAUCAUAAUGAUUUUAUAUAGGA